AUGGGCAUCGUAGCCAAAAAUGAAUAUGUCUCUCAGCCCUCACGGAACCCUAAAAGCUGGCUAAGGGGCCAUUCUCCUCGCCACCUGGGCCUGCGUCUGCCGAAUCGCUUCCUAAGGACUUUGACUAGAAACCAAAGGUCCCAUUUUUCAUCUGCCAUUUAUUUGUCAUUGUAUAACUUAGGUAAGUCCCUCCGCCUUCACUGUCAGUUCUUCACUCAUUGUUUUGCAUCCAAGGAGUCUGGAAAUAAGCGGGAACGCCCUGCACGUGAGAGGGGCCCUGAAAUUCACGAGGGGCUGGGGCUUUGCGUUUAUUCCUCCAGUUCCGCCUGCAGCAACCCUGACGAUCGAGCAGGGCCCGCGGGGGAACGAGCGGAAGCGGGCAGCGUGCGCUGCUGUCCCGCUACCCAGCCCGCUAGGCUGCGCAGCUGCGUCUGCGGGCGGGGAGCCGGGGCGGCCGUGGGCUUCCUCCGGGCGCGGGCUGACGGCCGCCGCCUGUGGGCACCCCAGCCCUGCAGCCGAGCCGGAGGGGCGGACCAGCGGGUGUCGGUAGCAGGCUGCAGCGGCCAGGCCUCUGCGGCUUCUCUGAGUACUGGGUCCACUGGAGAGGGAAGAGCCGCGGCCGCGAGGAUUCCCAGCAGCGGCCGCGUGUUGAGAGCCUAGAAGUGGCCCCGAAGCCGUGCCUUUCCCGAUAGCCAAGCAGAAGUAGGACUUGAAGCACCGAGGCUGGGAUGCCCAUGCUGGUGACGCCUUGGGGCUCGCAGUUAUACUUGGUGACCGGUCUACACGGCGAUUCGGUGCUUUCCCGAGUAGCAGAUUCAUCUAUCUUUAGACCCACCUUCGUCCUUCCGCGGUUUAGCACCGCCUGCGCUUUCCUGCGAGCCCUGCUGUCACCCGAACAGCCUGAUGACUUCACGCUCAACCACUGGAGGGCACAACCACAUCAUUUUUAAAAAACAGAUUCCUCCACUUAAAGGACAUGGUUUUGGGGGAAAGAACAUUUUAAAAAUGUAAAAAGAUAUAUAUCUAUAUCUAUAUAUCUAUCUCAGAUUGUUCUGUUAUAAACUCAGGUGGGAUUCUUCAAAACAGGAGGUUGUUCCAGUCUCUUCAUUUUGCAGCUGAGAAAACGAAGGCCUUGGAGCUUGAGAACUCCAGUUGCCCAAGGCGCACAGGUGGUGGGUAAGGAAGCUGAUCAUUUCUCCAAAGAAUCCUUCCAUGACCCAGGAGGAUCCGGUGGGAGAGCAGGGCCGUCCACAGCUCAGCUAGGACACAAGAAGGCCCAGGGUGGCAGGAGCCCCACUGUGUGCUGCGGAGGAUGGCAGAGGAAGUCAGCAUUGUCCCGAAACUGCAGGAUCAUGUGAUGUGAUGGGAAAAAAUUAUGAGUACAAGACACAGGAAGAGCAGGUCACGGAAACACAUGGUGCCCAGAAGGGCUUAACUAGUUGCAGCUGUGCAGGGUGAUGCACAGAGUGCCACAAGGGUGUCCUGAGUGAGAGUGGAUGUCCCCUGCCCUCUGGCUUCGUGAAGGCUUCGUGAAGCCUGCCGGGUCACCCUUGUUUUCAUGGAUAGCUUCUUUAGGACACUCUCUCCACCAGUAAUUGACAAAGUCUCCUUCUGUUGAGUGUCUGAUAAAGGACUGAGUUUACAUGAUUGUUAAGAUAGGAUCAUGAAAGAAGACAGAAGACGGAUGUGAGUGGCCCUCAGAAAAAAAGCAUCAAAGGAAACUGAGGAGUCUGUGUUCCGAGUUAUAACAUCAGUCCUGUGUUGAAAGCAUAUUGACUUUCCUGACUUCUUAUGACCACAUUUGAGGAAAGGAGUAAGCACUGGAAUCACCAACACAGCAUGCUUACGGAGGGUGGUCGCCAGCUUCAUCAGCCUCCCAAUUCCACGGAGCCCCUUGAAAAUCCAGGAGCGCAGACUGGCCACAGUAGAGAUUUAAUAGGAGUUUACUGGAGGUUAUACUCCAGUCAAAGAAGAUGGAAACCAAGAAAGGACACAUUUUGGAGAUUAGCACUGGCUCCAGGAACCCAAUGAACAGAAGACUCAGGCUGAAGGCUUGUGCAUUCAGCCCAGAGAAAAUCCACUUAAAUUCAGAACAAUUAAGGACUCUGGGGAAGAAGGACUUCACACGGUCGUGUGAUUGGAAGGCAGAUAAAUUUUAGGACACAAUGGAAGUUCCUAAGAUUUUUUAUCCUUUUCCAAUAGGAAGGAUAAAAAAAUCAUCUAAAACUAGAGGAAAAAUCAUCUAAAACAAGGUAUAAAGAAAUGGCUCACGUGUGACCCUUACUUUACUGUGACAUGGAGCAUUUGAUGAAGGAUGCGGGAAGGGAGCCUGCUUAACUAUGAAGUGAGUAGCAUUGCCCCAAGAGCACCAUGACAGAUGCACAGGACAUGGAGGGAAGGAAAUGGCAUCCUGGCACAGCCCUGGCUCUACAUUGAGCGAUGUAGACAAAAUCAUAAAGGCUGCUCUAGUUUUCUACUUUUAGAAUCAACCUACAGACAUGUAAGACUUAAUUGUAGUUGUAGAAUAAAAGAUAAAAUAUUAUUGGCUUUCAUAACAAUAAAGUCCUAACAAUGA